UGUCCCGAAAUUUCAUUCUACCCCUCAGAUUAUCCUACCAGGCAUGCGCACAUCAAUGUUACGUCAUUUUCUUGCGCUAUAAAAUCAUACUUGUUUAUUUUAUACUGCUACGGGAAUCUGAUUGUGUAUUUUCGUUGUUAAAUCAUUCUAGGCCUACAUAUUUAUUUAGUACUGGUAGUACAAGUAUAGGGUAUUGCGCUGUAAAUUAAUCAUAGACAAGACACUGUAUGAAAGACACUGAAACUGAAAGGCUAAUUUUUUUAAUAUCAAAGUUUGUUUGCACGUUGCUACGGUGAACAAAAAAAAGAAAUGGUUCGAUGUGACACAUCCUAAGGAAUAUCAUAGCGUGAUUUUCAUGUUCGAGUGAUCUUUGAGUAGUCUGAAACCGAGUCUUUGAGUUUUAACUGGGCAUUAAACCAUCAACAUGUCAUCGAUUAAAGAGCGUCCCACAACGACCACAGUUGUCGUGAAGGGCAAACGACCUAUGCAUCGAAGCACAUUGAUUCUAGGCGAUCAGACUAAAUCAUUUUAUUCUACAACACACGCAGAGUGUUUUUCUGGGAGAGGACGCGAUGGUCAACCGCUUGUCUUUCUGUCUCGAGAUUCACUCUAUCCCUCACAGCAUACAGGAAAGCUGGACCUUAGUAACAUGACUACAACACCUGCCAAUACACACUCCAGAGAUGUGCAUGGACCGAAGGACAUUGUACCACAUCAUGUACUGCACAGCACCGGGGAACAGAACAAAACACGGAACCGUGGGGGUCUUGAGAUUAAAGACAUCACCCACCCCAACGAGAUCACUCUGUACCAGACCACAUAUCACAAAGAGCACUGCAAUACCUCCCCUAGACAUCUAACAGAUGAAUCCAGUGGACAGCCAAUCUUCUGGCACAGCCAUAAUAUUAUCACAGGAGAAGAGAGGACUCCAGCUGGGCCUGGGCGACUGAGAAGACAGUCUGGAGACAGGGUUCUGUGGGUGACCCGGCGCUGGGACACACAGCACAACUCUUUUCGGCUGUAUUGAACCAAUCAAUGUGGUACUAGUACUAGUGAGCAGUUAAUAAAGUCUUACUUCAUUCUUCUGAUCAGAACUCUUCAACUAAGAAUUCGGUCUUGUUCAUUUCAUUCCACACCACACAUUGUUUGGGGAACAUAUAUUUAGCUUUCCAGCCAGAAAUUUCCUCUCUGCUAGCAUGGAGGUGCUAUAUGGAAAAGUUUCUGUUGUGGCCUAUAAACAAAAUGAAAGAAUACUGGAAUUAAAACGGCAACAAAGAUAGUUUAUAAUCUUAGUUUAUUAUUGUGCUGAACAAUCAAAACACAAAAAUGACAAUUAAAAGAACAAAUAGAGAAGACAAACUUAAGACAAGCCAGUAGACACAAAGAAACACACAUGACCAGGAGAGAAACUGAACAUAUAUUUACAGCCCAGCAACAGGUGUUGGAUUAAGAAGUGGCCAGAGCUUGAGGACAGUCAUAAGGUCCACACAGCACUAGUACAGCAGUAUGGGUCGAAAUUCCUUUACACAAACAAGUGUCUCACUCCAGUUACUUCUGUUUCCAGUGCAAUUUUCAGAACAGUGCAGAAAUGAAUGUUUCCAAGCCAUUGAAUCACAAAAAGGCAACAUUUGAAGACCUCUGAUUGUGUUCUGUGCAUCUAACAUAAUUCAGUAGUUGCCUUAUUGGCUAAAAAACGGAAUACAAGCAAUAAAGUGAUCUUUAUAUUUUGCACUUACCAUAUUUACUAUGACAUACAAAUUCAUGGAUGUGAAAAAAAAAAACGGAACGCAUUGGUGAUGA